GAACUCCAGGUCUUGAAAGCUUCCGCCUUGUACCGGGAGAGAGCGGAGCAGGAAUUAGUUAUCAGAAGUAAAAACACAACGAUCAGAUCAAAGGCCGAGGUAGCGAGCUCUGCAGCGUACAAUGGCCACAAAGUUACCAACUCGGGAAGAGUUUGAAAGUUGGAGACCUAGGGAGCUAGCAGAAUUCCUGAGACUGAAUAAUUUAAGUGAACCUGCCAGUGUGGUGGAAAGGCACAAAAUUUCUGGGACAAUGCUUUUGGAUUCAUUAGAUCUUCUCCAGAACCGAUUCAAUGUGAUAAACUAUCCACAAAUUCAAAAGAUUGUUCAUGACAUUCAAAAGAAUGACGGUGGGUUUAUGAGCAGGUUUAAAAAGUUCCAAAAUGAACAAGUGGCCCUGAUGCGCAAAACUGGGAAAAGUACUUGGGAUCGAUUCACGAAACAUGCGCCACCCACUGUUCCUCAGAGAGAUUAUUCAGAAGGUGCUGGAGCACAGGAGGGAGAACAAUGGUCUGACAAUGAAUUUGAUACUAGUGACUAUGAAAAUCCAGAUGGACGUUCUGAUGAAUCCGAUGCUUACGAAGAUCCACGUGAUGACGGUGAUGAUGAUGAAAAUUAUGAGCCACCUCCAAGUGAAAAUAAAAACAAGAAAUUAGUCCCCCAACCUAUGCAUAUUUCGAAGGGUGAAUAUGCAGACAACAGACCAGCAGCCUCUUUUGCAAAGCCACCUCCAAUGUUGCCACGAUCGUCACCGGUUCCAGCCCAACGAAAGAUAACCCCACAUUCACAGAAAAUAGGAGAAAGGGAAGAUGAUGAGGAUGAUUAUAUUGUUCCUAUGGAGAAUGAUGAAUGUGAUGAUGCAUACAUUGACCCUACAGAGAAAACUGCAGCUGCGGUAAUAUUGAAACCUCCUAUGGUGAACAGAGCAGCCAAGCCAAACAGCAAACCAUCGGUGUUAUCCUCUAGUCCCAAAGCAGGACAUCUUCGUGGUCCAGGGCAAGCUGCCUCAGCGGGCCAGCUGAACACACAAAGCCCACAAGAUCAUGAUGUAUAUGAAGUUCCAGAUACAGAGGAAGCUUCACCGCUAGUGUCCAGGCCCAAGCCACAACUUCCUAAACCUGGAUCCACAGGAACAGGAAGUCCAUUGUUACCUCCUCGAUCAUCUCCCAAAGUAAGCGGUACAACAGAAAUACCCAGAAGCGAAGCACCAGUGAACAGAAAAGCUCCCAUUCCUCAACCUGAGGAUGACAAUGAGGAGUAUGAAGUAUGUGACCCUGAACCAAGUAAUUCGUCCAGCAAUUCACAGGAUUCCAGGACUGCUCCAGAUUUUCCAGUACUAUCACAAAGGGAUCUGAAACCAACAAACAGACCUUUCCCAAAACCGAGAAUGGGUGACACUCCAAGAGAACAAACUGAAGGUGAAAAACCAAAAAUCCCUGAUCGACCUCGACUCUCAAACCCAACAGCAGAAGCUCUUGUUACACCGGCACCACGUCUUGGCCCUAAGCCAGGCGUUUUGAGAUUACAAGCUGCAAACCAAUCAAAUUUUCCAGAAAUCCCAACCAGACCUAAUGGGACUCUUGGACGACCUGAUGUCCCUGCACGUGUUUCCAGCCCUAAUUCAAAUAUGGAACAGGAUCCGAGUGUUAGUGGCAAAAUUUGGUUUUCAGACCAGUGUGACCGAAAAGGCGCAGAAGAGGCUUUAAAUAAAUUUAAUAAGGAUGGAUGCUUUCUCAUAAGAAAAAGUUCUGGGCAGGACUCGAAGCAGCCAUAUACGUUAGUUGUAUUCUACAGAAGAAGGGUCUAUAAUAUUCCUGUACGAUACAUUGAAUUAACAAAAGAAUAUGCGUUAGGGAAAGAGAAAAAUGGUGAAGAGCGGUUUCCAAGUGUCGCUGAGAUCAUUGAAAGCCAUCAGAAGAAUCCCUUGGUACUCAUUGACAGCCAAACUAACACAAAAGACUCCACCAAAUUGAAGUAUCCAGUCAAAAUGUCAUAAUACAGACUUCUAACUGAACGGAUUCAUUCUCAUUUCUAUUUGAGAAGACUGGUUCUGAAUUUCAAACAAAACAUAUUUUAGUGCAAUUUUCAAAGCUAUAUAAAUCCAUACAAUCUUGCUCCCAUAAAGAGAUGAAUUGUGUAACGGUUACAUCAUUGUAUGCUCGAAUCCAUCGCUACUGAAUGCACAACAGAAGCAUUUUCUUGACAGUAUAAGUUAAUAGCUUACAUAUCAAAACGUGUUAUUAAAACCACUGUAUAGUUACUAAGAUCAGAUAGGAUCUACUGUCCAAAUAUCAACUAAAAGUUCAGCUUACAAAAACAGCUCGUCUUUAUUCAUGGUUAAGUUUAAUUUUAAUGUAAUAAAUAAAAGCUGCAACCAGUGUACUUUCAUUUCUCCAAAUAUUCACAUUCCAAUUUCUAAUCAUCUUUAGUGUUGAAAAUGUAUUUUUGGUAAGCACUGUAAGAAUAUUUAAAUAAUGCUAAGUAGUAAUGAUGAUGGAAUUAAAUGUGGAAGUGAAAUGAAAGCUCAAUUUGCAAUUCUCGUUAACAGGAACAUCAAGUUAAAAAUUACUUUUCAUCUCUAGGUGAUUUUAAAAGCAACCUGCUCGUUGUACAGGUUUGUUGUGAGAAGAGAUUGAGCAGACUAAAUUCCAUUCUUGUUCAUAGACCAAUAAUUUAAAAAAAUCUGAAAGUUUAUGGUUGCUACAUCAUCCAGAGACAAGACAACAACUGGUGUGGAGAAGCGAAAAUAUACAUGCCUUGAUCACAGGCGAUGCUCUCUGAAAUGGCUAAGGUUUAUUAUUGGAGAAAUUAAAAUAUCAAAGCUCCACCUGGAACAUAUAAAUGUGGAAAUUUCACGUAAAGACAAUGUAUGCCUGAAAUUAAAAGUGGUCAGUUGUCUUUGACUUCAUCCAUAAACAAAAUUUUCAGAAUUGUUUAGAAACCUAGUACCAUUACUUGCAUGAAUAAGCAAUUUGAAUGUCUUCUAAAAUGCUUUGUAAUUUCAUUCUAAGUCAUGUAACUCAGACAGUGCAACUUAAAUAUUGCACUAUAUGCCAGUUUGAAUUGUAAGCAGUGUAAAAUUGACCAUGCAGAAGUCAAUGCUGUAAAAACUACUGAUUCACUAAUUUCCUUUAGCAAACAAUGAAAUGGAGACUUUGUCAAUACCACUCACAUUUUUUUAAAAAAAGAGAAAAAAUCACAUGGUAAAUACAACAAUUUGUCAGUGAAGUUAUUCAUUUUUGUUUGAAUCAAUAAAAUCUGCACUUUGUAACA